CUAAUACGUGGAUUCUAGAAAAAUUACUAGUGUUCGGAUACGCAAUUUGUAAUAAAUUGGAAAUUAAUGGGAAAUUUCAUCGGUCUUUCCAUAGAAAGUUUGUGAGAUAUGGCAUAAUGCGGUCGGCGGGGACGGAUGGUGUCGGCUCUUCUUCGAGCAGCGAAGGGGCCUGGCCAAGAUUUGGAGGCCGACGACCUCGACCCAGCGAAUCCCUCACGUCUACCACCAUCGAUACAGCAACUUCAACAUCACGCCCGUCUUUAACUUCUUCCAUUUCAAGAUUCCGAUCAGAUUUCGAGCAGUUGAAAUGCAAGGCCCGAAUAUUCGGAGAGUCUAUGAAUUUGUGUCGAUGCAUCGCCGAUGACUACAACAAACGACUUGGGUUUAUGGAGAAGCGGUUAAUUAACUUAGAACAGAGACAAAGACUUACGGGUGAGAGUAACUACUCUGCCAUCAUACAGAAGAACCAGAAGCUAUCACACAAGACCAAGCAAGACGUUAAGGUACUAUAUAUUAAUAUGGCACAACGAUCUUAA